GGGGGUACUGAAGAGUAUCAGUGAAAGCUAUUGCGAAACAGAAGAGUAGUAACGAGAUGGCUUCAUGUCAAGUUGAACUCCCUCACAACUUAGAUUCCAUUCUUAGCGAUGCUGAUGACAAUAACCUGAAAACAAUACCCCGUGAUGAGAUGAUUACUCAGCUUCAGGAUGGAGUUUUUCUAAAGCAAAAGAAAGUGAAAUUUUGGGUUAACAGGAUUACUAGUGCCAACGCAUUCGAGUUGUAUGCAAGGGGUCUCUCCAUCGUUUGGGAUGAUGGUUCUAGGUGGAAGUGGAUUUCAAUGGAAGACAAUAAUUCUUGUGUUAAUGUGGAGGUGGCUGAACUAGUCAGUGUAUGGUGGCUCGAUGUGAAAAAGACCGAUUUCGAUACAGCAAUGCUAACUCCAGGGACUUCAUACGAAGUUACAUUUGUCAUAAUGAUGAAGGAGACAUCUCACGGAUUUACAAAUGUUCCAGUGAAGCUGAAGUUUGUCCUCCCCAACCAAGAGCCGGUUGAACGCACAGAAGACUUAAGUAUUCUGCCAAGAAACGAAUGGAAAGAGAUCAAAAUUGGUCACUUUUUCACUAAUUGUAAUAUGUCUGGGAAUAUAAAUAUCUCUAUGUAUAAUCACGAAAAUACCCAGCACGAACUGAGUGGACUGGUGGUCAACAAAAUCAUCAUUCGCCCAAAUAUGAAUUGGAAGGCGCUUAGUGGGGAGAACAACUGGGACGGUCUAUUGAAUCCUCUCAACGGUCAUCUCAACAAGUGUAUAACUCUUUAUGGUGAUAGAGUUCAAGCAAUUUAUGAUUCAAUCAAUAGCGAGAAAAGCUCUCCGAUGUACGGACGUCACACAUAUGAAAAAGAAGGAUUGUUUUAUAAACUUGGUCUAGAGAAAAACGAAUCAGUAAAAUGCCAAUUAUACGAAGUGAAAAAGUAUAUCUAUGCCAACGUGGAUGUUCCUUUCCCAUUAGAUUUGAUUGCCCAGGACAACCAAACAUGGAUUGCUUACGUGGCAGUGGCCACAGAUAAAGGAAAGGAUGUGGUAGGAAGGAGAGACAUUUUGGUUUGCUGGAGAGGAACUUCCACCGUUGCGGAUUGGCUCAAGAAUGCUGAGGUCAUUCGUUUAAUCCGUGCUGAAGUAAUAUUCCCAAACGUCCUUCAUCCUAAAGUGCACAAGGGAUUUUACUCUAUCUACACACAACCAACAUCCCCAAAUGUAAAAGAUGGUGCUCGAGAUCAGAUUUUAGACGAAGUUCGGCGCUGGGUAACUGCAUACCAAGAUGAGGAAGUUAGCAUAACAGUGACAGGGCAUAGUCUGGGUGCAGCUCUUGCUACAAUGAAUGCAGCUGAUAUAGUUUCUAAUGGAUUUAAUAUGCCCUCCACCGGUCAAAUAAAUAAAGAAUUCUUAGUCACAGCAAUUGUGUUUGCCAGCCCCAGGGUUGGAAACGUUGAAUUCAAGAAAGAAUUCGAUCAGCUUACAAAAGUCAAUGGUAAACCCCGCCUCUUGCGCAUCACGAAUUCCAGUGAUAUUAUUACUGGAGUUCCACCUUCCCCAUUCGUUGAAGUGGGAGCCAACAACAUAACGAUUGGGACAACCACAGCUAGUGCAGAUGAGGGAACAUAUAAAGCUCACAAUUUGAAGAAUUAUAUCAGAGAACUCCGAGCAUUGCUACCUUCUUCCAAUGCGUAAUGAUGCUCUGGGAAAAAUAUAUGUAUUAGAUAUAAAUAAUAAAUCAGGUUUGUGUCAUCAUCAGGUUGCACAACACUAAGAUCUUUGUUAUAGGAAUAAAUUCCUCCCCUUUUGUGAAUAUUUAGUGGAGGAGUCAGCUUGGACUUUCUCUUGCUGGUUUGUUUGUUUAUGUAUCGUGUGAUGUUUGUUUGGUGCUAUAUUAAUAGAAUGGUUUGUCAUCUAUAAAGUA